AUGGCGAAGAGGCGGCCGAGUGCUGGUGCUGUUGCAAUCGAGCAACAUCCAAUAUUCCCGUGUGACGGCCAGAUGCAAAAGACUAAGGCAAACGAUGAGGUGAACAUGGCCAUGGCGGUUCUUGCCUUUUUGCAAAGUCAGAAGUACGCGAAAACCGCAGCUAGCUUUCGGAAAGAACUAUCAGCCAAGGGUAUUGACGUCGGUGGCAAAGUAGUCUUGCGGAAACUCACAUGGGAGGCAGUCGAAAGUCACGAAGCCUCUGGCAGUGAAGAUUCUGACGAGGCGAAACCGGAAGAGAAAAUAGAGAUGCACAGAGCGACGCAGAGGGCGGGAGAUAGAAAUAGUUCGGAAUCAUCAGACUCAUCUUCUUCAUCGGAGUCGGAGGAAGUUGAAGCGAGCACCAAGACCCCUGCUAGCAAAAUGCAAGCCUCUAGUAAAAAAUCUAUCGGUACAUCUUCCUCAUCCUCCUCUGACAGCGAAUCGAGUACCGAUGAUUCCAAAAGCACUGUGAAAAAACCAGACUCCCUUGCAAAAUCUCAUCCUGAGAAAUCUUCGGAUAACUGUUCAUCGGAAUCUGAUUCAAGUUCUAGUAGUGAUAGCGAAUCAAGCGAUGAUGAUGAUGCUCCCCGUAUCUCUAAGAAAAUUGCUGUCACGACAAAGAAAGCAAAAGGCAAGGCAGGGUCGUCGCCGCAGGAGAUGGCAGACUCGUCUACAAAGAGCAAGCGCCGAACAAAGACUGAAAUUGCUAUUUCAAAAAGCAGUGACGUCGACCCUUCGUCGAGUUCCGAGGAUGAAGCGCCGCCUCCAACGAAGAAGGUUCGUCUUGAGGCAAAAGCUGGAGUCGUUUCGCCGGAAGAUAGCGACUCGAACGUCAGUGAUGUUGAAGUUUCAGACGUUUCGUCGGUAGAAGUGUCAUCCUCCGACGGUAGUGACUCAGACUCAUCGAGCUCCGACGAAGAAUCCGAAGACGAAAACGAUAUACAAGAACGUAUAAAACUUAAGCGUCGGGAUGCCGCGAAAAAGGCUCAAGAAGCCGCAAAGGCUGCGCACGAAUGGAGACCAUCCGCUGAAAAGAAAAAGGUAGAGAUUAAGGCUGCCGCCGGGACGGAUGGCGCGCAAGCAUUAUCGAAAGGAAAGCCCUUUCAGCGUGUUGACUCCGAGUUUUGGGGGCGUGUUGCAGUCAAAGACGGCGGUGCUAUGGCUGAUAAUUCGUACGAAGGUUUGUUUGGUGACAACGGCUAUGGUGCACAGUCUAGUGCAAAGCUAUUGACUGUAAGAGGGAAAAAUUUUACCAAGGAAAAGAACAAAAGAAAGAGAAGCUUCAAUGGGCUGUCGCGCACAGGUGGACAAAUUGACACGGAGCGGAGCUAUUCAACCAAGUACCAAUAUUCUGAUGACGAAUAG